AUGGGGGCCGGCAUUCAGGAGCCAGGAAGCGCAUACCCUACCAUGGUGUGCAACCACAGAUAUCUCGAGAUGAACCAGAUUAGAGUUUCCAAAAGGUCAAAAGCAUUUCCUCUUCUUAACGUGAUAGGACAACUGCGUCGCAUGUUGCGACGUUGA